AUGAAAGCUUACCUGCCACGAUUGAACGAGCUCUGGAAUCUACUAGCAUCAGCUGAAAAGAAAUCGCAAUCUGGUAUUUGGUCUAAUGCCUCGCACUUCACAGAAUCAGCUCCGCCAGAUGACAGGAAACCGAACUUUCAGGCCGCCUUGGGUGAGGGCAUUUUAACCCUAGAAAACGGGAAAACGGCGCAAGCGACAGAGAUGCAAUUCUCGAAGCUAGAGUCCGGUAAGCUUAUCUUCAUUGCGUUACCAAGUGAUACUCUACGGGACCUUGAGCUGACGGAGAGCUAUAGAAAGCUGGAGGAACAAAUGGAAGAUCAAAACCAGGAAAAUCACCGCCUGCACAGGAGAGUGAGCAGCACCUAUGAGAGUGUCCCGACCUCUCACACCAAAUCCCGUCGCUCAGCUCGGUACAAGGAGAUGGAGUCGGAAUGA